AAAACGAAAAAGACUCGACUUUUCAAUGGAGACCCCUUCAUCUACCAGACGAGUUUCUAGGUCCCAGACUUUGGCUUCUUUGAACAACAGCAAUAUCACUUUUUCCAAAGGAAACAAGGAAGAAUCUGACAAGACUGUGUCGAAAACAAAAACAACAAAUGGGAAACAGCAAAACGAAAGGGCUGCUCUUAUCGAUAUAACGAACGAUUCGCCAAUAGUUGGGCUUGCAAUGGAAACGCCGUCGUCUGCUGUAGGAAAGCAGCGGGGUAGUAGAGCCAAGAGCAUGAUGAUGACUCCUGGUUCAGGCGAAGCUUUGUUAAGAUGUCAAGUCAAGACUCUCUUGCAAAAAGUAGAAGAAGAAGCUGGAUGUGUGAAUUCCCCAAUGAGGAUUUUGGCUCCUACUCCUGCAAAUACACCACAGCUCUCAAAUCUUUGUGAGGAUGGGUUGGGUUCAAUAGUGAUAGCUCUUCCUGUAGUUGAAGAACAAUGGAGAACAAUGGAGAAAUUACAGGAAGCGAGUCUCGAAUCACAGAAAAGUGUGAUAACUAGGUCUUUGCUGCUUGAUUUUUCUGAGGAUUCAUCAGAAUCCUAUUCUGAGGAUCAAGGAAAAAGUAGUGCAUGCAAGGAGAAGGCAUCAACUGAUAAUAAUGGCAGCAUCGAUGAUGAAGAUGAAGUUGAUGACUACUUUGAAGAAGAAGAAGUGGGCGUCGAUUAUGAUGGAGGAGACAUAGACGAGCUUUGUGAAAGUUUAGGCAAAAUAAGAAUGGAAGAGAUGUUUAGAGGGAAGCACACAAGAUUCGUAUACAACAGCGAUGAUGAGAUGGAAAGGGAAGAAGGUGAUGCAAUGCGGUUGAAGGGAUUGCCAACGCCGAAAGGGAAACACCUGCGCUUUCAUAUAGAGGAAGAAGAUGAUUAAGUUUUCUGGGUUUUGGUGGAUAUAGAUCGGUUGUUUUCUUGACACCUACCUCUGAGUUUACUUUCGUCAUUUUACAGCUUCUUUUUCGAAAAAAAUACCAUGAAAGAAAGAUUGCACAUCAACUCCAUUUACAAAAACAGUGCAUAUUAUUCAUGUGUGAUUCAGUAAUAAAGAUUCAUCAUCUUAUCCUUUACUUUUA